UCUCAAUCAUCUCAAAUCUGUAACGGUACAAAACACCCAACGGCUAAAUUCUAUGUUUUUGUUCCAAAAAAAAAAAAAACACUCUGUCUUCUUCUCUUCCAAAACGUAACCUAACACACGAACCGGUUCAGUGUCUGAUUCGCAACAAGACUGAAUUUUGAUUAUGUUUUCGGUUACCCAUUUUCGUGAUUAAGCAGAAAACACAAUUUAUCAAUGGGUGUUGGUGGUAAUUUCUGGGACUUGUUGAAGCCCUAUGCACGCAAUGAAGGUUUUGAUUUCUUGAGAAACAAGCGAGUUGCUAUUGACUUAUCGUUUUGGAUUGUUCAGCAUAACAAUGUUAUCAAAACCCAUGUCAACAAACCUCAUCUCAGACUCACUUUCUUCCGUACGAUUAAUCUGUUUUCUAAGUUUGGAGCAUUUCCCGUGUUUGUUGUUGAUGGGACUCCAUCGCCAUUGAAAUCACAAGCCAGGAUUGCUAGAUUUUUCCGGUCAUCUGGAAUUGAAUUGACUAGCUUGCCGGUACCUGGAGGCGGUGUUUCAGCUGAGAGGAACAGUUCAUUUUCAAAAUGUGUUCAAGAGUGUGUGGAACUUGCUAAGCUACUUGGGAUUCCUGUACUGAAAGCUAAAGGAGAGGCUGAAGCACUCUGUGCCCAGUUAAAUAAUGAAGAUCAUGUAUAUGCAUGCAUCGCACCUGACAGCGAUGCAUUCCUCUUUGGGGCCAAAUGCAUUAUAAAAUCUUUCGCUCCCAAUUCCAAAGAACCGUUUGAAUGCUACAAUAUGUCAGAUAUUGAAGCUGGGCUUGGAUUGAAGAGGAAACACUUAAUAGCUAUCUCUCUUUUGGUUGGAAAUGAUCACGAUUUGAGUGGUGUUCAAGGGAUUGGACUUGACAGUGCUCUUCGUUUUGUUCAAGCUUUUAGUGAAGAUGAUGUAUUGAAUAGAUUACAUGAGAUAGGCAAAGGGAAUGCUUUUCAAAUUCCUAUUGACAUUAAAUCUGAGGACAAUGUGGAUAUUGAUGGGAGCUCCCCAAAUACGAAACAACCUCACUGCUCAUUCUGUGGGCAUCCAGGCAGCAAAAAAGAUCAUACGAAGUUUUCGUGUGAGUUUUGUGUCACAGAUAACCAUGAAAGUUGCCUGAAAAAACCAGAGGGUUUUAAAUGUGAUUGCAUCUCUUGUGGUAUGAAUAGGAAACAUAAGGAGCAGAAAAAGAUGGAAAAUUGGCACACAAGAAUUUGUGACAAGAUUGCAAAGGAGCCAAAUUUUCCAAAGGAUGAAAUCAUUGAUAUGUAUUUAUGCAAUGACAAUGGUUAUUUUUCUGCAAAUGAUGGCCCUCAGAUCUCAUGGGAACAACCAAAAGUUGAACUCCUGAUUGGUUUUCUAAACUUCCAUCAGCACUGGGAUCCGUCAUACAUUCGACGGAUAAUGUUUCCUAUGAUGUCCACCAUCUUCUUGAGAGAAAUGGCUACAACUACAACUGAUAAUUUGUUGUUUGGACAGUUUGAGUUUGAUUCUUUAAAACGUGUGAAAACGAGAUACGGAUAUCAGUCUUAUGUUGUCAAGUGGAAACGUGUGAUGGGAAAUGUUGCUUCUAAAACUCCAUCAAAUCAAUCUGGCACGCAACAAGAUGCUAUGGAUCUAGAGCUUGAUGAAACGGUGGAUCUACAUCUACUGGACGAUUGCGAUUUUCCUGAGACUUGUGAAGAAGGUGGAUGUAGUUUUCUGUUGACAGAUGAAAAUAUGGACCUUAUAGGUGCUGCUUUUCCGGAAGAAGUGAAAAGGUUUUGGCAGGAACAGGAACUGAAGGAAUCGAAAAGAAAAAAGAAUCCAACCUCAAGAUCUCAAGAAAAUGAAACGUCCUCAACAUCAUCACUAAACUCAAAAGGUGUCCAGCUAAAUAUAACAGAGUUCUUCCCAACAACCAAAAGUAAACAUAAUCCAAAACAUGGAGAAGAGUCAUCAUCCAAGAAAGACGAUAGCCCGGAUAGUGGAGGCUCAAAAAUGAAGAGAAAAUCGUCAAGUCCUAAUAUUCCAAAAUCUGUUAGGCGUCGCCUUUUGUUUGACUAGUGAUAUGCGCUAACUGAAUGUUGAAACCAAUGACCCUUUUGUGAUAACUGAAUGUUGAAACAGUGACAACAGACCCUUUUUGUGAUCAUGAAUGACCAAGGGUAGUUCAGUGUGUAUGUGUAGUUAAAAAUUAGUUUGAAUAAUGUCAUCAGUUUCUACCUUUGAGUACAUUGUUAUACUACUAAUAAAUAAUAAUGUACCUUAACCACUUUUAAAAAAAAAAUUAAAAAUGAUGUACCUUAACUUUGAAAAUAUAGUAGCAUUACAAUUUUUGGUAGAGUUAGCAAUCAAUCUGUGAAUAUAUAUCCAAAAUUCCAAAUCUAGGGACAUAGAAGUAUGAUAACAAGGUGAGGUGCUUUGAUUGAGAGUGAGCGUUUGAAUUAGAAAGAGAGUGAAGAGGAAUGGUUGGAUGAUGGUAUUUUGACACUACCGAAAUUUGACAUCACUAUUAUGUUUUAUAUGGUUGUUUACUUGAUUGUGGUUGAGCCGCUAAACCCUUUAUGUAUCUAUAGUAAAACUCAAUCUUUGAAAAAUUACGUAUAUAGAUCUUAGGCGACCCAAC